GCAUUCGGUGUACACCAGAGGUCAGUUGCGUCGUAUUAUUCAUGCACAUUGUUGUCCGCGGCUUGGAGUCUGGAGAUCAUCACUGUGCGUAUUGGUAUCGGAUAUCAAAUACUUAGAAGCCGUGAAAAAAAAGUAUGAUAAAAUAAUUGAAAUUCGUCAAAAGAAUUUCCUAAAGCACUGAAAUAUUACAGUAUAAGUAUAGUGGUUUCAAAACAGUCUUCGAAGGUGUUUGGUUACAGUCGCGGUUAAGCGUUGGGAUUUGCGCCGCUACUCCGACGCAAUUUUCCUAAUGAGAGGCUAAGUUAUUAUAGGAAGUGCAUUCAGUGCAGAAAUCUGCAGGAAAAAUUGGCCCAGUCUUGAUGAUACCAUUACCAUUGUUGAAAGUUGUGGUGGUAGUGACAAAAAUCUGUUGUUUACAAUGUCGUUGAAGAACCUUAGUGGCGUUUGUCUUGAUCAAAAUAAAUCUCUUCCGAUUGAUACAGCUUGUUUGAGUAUCAAUAAUCUGAAUGAUCAUGUAGUCACUUUUCUGAGUAAUUUUGAGGAUUGUUUUUUGUGUUACGGCCAACCCGUAGCUGAUAUACCACCAAACACAAAUACAACUAUACAAAUAUCCACCAAAUAUCCAUUAAAAAUAUACUAUAAUGAUACCGGAGCAACAAAACCUUAUAUAUGGUGUGGUAGUUCCUAUUCAUUCAAACAGCAUGGAAGAUAUGGAUGGAAUAUAACAAAAGAUAAUAGCUGUAGUUCUGUAUAUACCUUGUAUGAGCCAUGGAAUCCGUAUUUACCACUUCUGGCAGCCGUGAUGACAUAUUUACUGUCAUUUGCUAUAAUAUUCACUUCCAAGUUGAUUAUAAAUGUAGUGAGAACAUAUUUGGCCAAGCAUGCGGAAUCACAUAAUGAUAUUGAUAGACUUCAAGAAUCAGAAUCCACUCCUGAAAUGGUUGCAGUUUCAAAGACUGCAAUGAGAUUACAAGCUUUAGAUGCUUUUCGGGGUAUUGCAGUCUUAUUGAUGAUAUUUGUUAAUAAUGGCGGGGGAGAGUAUGUUUUCUUGAAUCAUGCUGCAUGGAAUGGUCUCACAGUUGCAGAUCUAGUUUUGCCAUGGUUUGCAUGGGCCAUGGGUUUCACUAUAGUGAACUCUGUUCGAGUGCAUCUUCGAGUGUCUGUAUCCCGCACAAGAUUAAUCAUAAUGCAGUUGAGAAGAACUGUACUUCUCAUACUCUUUGGACUGUUUAUCAAUUCUCAACAUAACUCUACUCUCUCAGAACUACGCUUUCCAGGUGUACUGCAGCUUUUAGCUGUUGCAUACUUUAUAUGUUCAGUAAUUGAAACUUGCUUGGCCAGUCCUCAAAGAACAUUUCAGUUUGGAAGAUUCGUAUUCUUACAAGAUAUAUUGGAAAGAUGGACUCAAUGGAUGGUUGUACUAGUCAUAAUCUUGGUUCAUACAUGCAUAACAUUCUUCCUGCAUGUGCCUGGUUGUCCACGUGGCUACCUAGGUCCUGGUGGUUACCAUCAUUAUGGUCUUAAUGUAAAUUGCACGGGUGGAGCUGCUGGAUACAUUGACAGACUUAUUUUUGGCCAACACAUGUACCAGAAGACAAUGAAUCCUGUCUAUGGUCCAACACUUCCUCAUGACCCAGAGGGAUUAAUGAAUACGAUAUCAGCAGUUCUUAUAGUUUUCAUGGGAGUUCAAGCUGGUCGAAUUUUUGUUACUUACUAUCAAGCUAAUUCAAGAAUAAUCAGGUGGUUUGCUUGGUUUGUUGCAACGGGUCUUUUGGCUGGCAUACUAUGCAACUUUAGUCAAGAAAAGGGUUGGGUUCCAGUGAACAAAAACAUGAUGUCAUUAUCUUUUGUCUUGUGUACUUCAAGUUUUGCUUUUCUACUUUUCUCAAUUUUAUACUAUUUGAUUGAUCACAAGAAAUUCUGGAGUGGUGUACCGUUUAUAUAUGCAGGUGCAAAUCCAAUAUUAUUGUAUGUUGGGCACUAUUUGACAAUGGGUUUGUUUCCAUUUGCAUGGGAAACUGGAACAACUCCUACACAUGCAUCUGUAUUAGCUAUGAAUUUAUGGACAACCACACUAUGGGCUAUUAUAGCUUAUUUAUUUUAUAUGAAAGACUUUUUAAUAACCAUCUAAAACAUAUAUAAUACAUACAUAAUUGAAAAAAAGAGAAAUAUGCUUUACAUGCAUACAUGUGAAGAGAGCAAAAAACUCAAUUGAUUGUGAUAAAAACCAAAUUAUUUUUAAAGGUAAUGGGUGCUGCGUUUAAUACUUUUAAAAGUUUUAGUAUUGUUAGAUCCUCAUAAAUAAUUAUUAUCAAUUAUUCUGAUUAAUCCACAGUAUUUUAUUACGUAAAAGUGUUUUUCUUCCUUCAUUUUUCUUGCUUCAUUUUCACAAAAAUAACAUAUUUUUUUAUAUUCUAUAAUGUCUAAUCUUCGCGAUGAUAAUAAAUAAUAUAAACUUUUA